CAAGUCCUUGUUUUUCAUGGCUUAUUCCCACCGUCUCCCUCACAGCCUUGCAUGGCAGUGUCUGUCGAGUUACUUGCCUUUUAUCGAACCCUUUUUGAGUGCUCUUGCGAUGCUGUUAAUGCGCUUGCAUCUGCUCUGCACACUCACUACGUACAAUGA